AUGGAAAAGUUCUCUAAAUACAAUGAUCCUCUUUCUGGAAUCAAUCCGUUUGUUGAAAUCAAGAAAAAACCUCUCUCAAUCCUUGACUAUCUCAAAGCAAUCCUGAAGAUACCUCUUGUCCCUCUUCUUUUAGGGACGAGAAUAAAUGUUGUUCAACUUCUUGUCAGAAUCAAGUCCAACAAAAUUGAACGCCCUAAGGUCCUAGCAGCCAAUGCAUCUUCUCUCCUUGACAUCUUUGUUCUGAAAUAUCUUACGGGAAUCAAAAACUUCUAUUAUGUCACCGAGUCUGGUUUUGUAGAUGCUAGGACCGGCCACUUCUGUGUGAAAACCAUUGAACCUUGUGUAUUAUUUCCCGAGGGAUGUCGGACAAACAACCGGGCUGUACUCCAAUUUGCCCGAGACAUUAAGGUUGACCAUGUCUGUGGAAUAAAGUAUAGCAAGGAAUGCAUAGACAUGUACGGAAAUCCCAUAUGGUUUAUUCUCAGACUUCUUGCAUCAGGUGGAACAGUCGACAUCAACUUCAGGAAAAGUAAUGACUUGAGUGAUAUUUGCAAACUCUCUGGACUUCCACAGGUAAAGUGGGCAUCCAAAGAUAAGGACAGGUUUGUAGAGGAGUUUGUUAAGAAAUCAGAAUAA